CAUCACAUUCGUACAUAGUACAUAUAAACUGAGAAAGCUAAUAAACGUUUUCUUGUCUUGCACAGUGAAAUCAGUGUUAUCAAUCAAUCGGGGAAUGCACGCAGAAACAGUUCAAAUGCAAGAAUAAAAGCAAGCAAGCCAUGCAUGUCCCUCCCACAAAUUGCAAUAUGGUGAAAAUCAGCAGCCAAUUAUAAGGGAUACCCAAGGAAAAUUGAGGAAAAUUUAAAUAAAACAAAGCAAUUCGAGAGAAGCAACUCAGUGCCAACAAGAAAAAUGUUGCUAAUUAGAUAAAAGAAGAAGAAGAAGAAAACGAAGAAGAAGAAGAAGAAGAGAAGAAAAGGACAUCAAUUAUAUUGGAUUGAAAGUAAAUUUACAUAUGCUGCGUGAUGAAAUCUAGAUUGUUUUGGAUAUUUGCAAUUAUAUAUUCAUCGCUACAUCAUAUAGGUUCCGGAUCCACCUCGACGACCUUGAAACGUCCCCGAGCUGGAGAUCCAUUUGAUACGUUUCCGAAAAACUUCUGGCAAGAGUUCUCAUCGCCGUUUACUGACACGCCCGAAGAUGAGGAGCUGGAGGUUACCGAGACGACAACGCACGAACCGUUUCCGUUCUUCGCCGAUCCCUACACGACAAUUAAUGUAAGCACCCAGCUGUCAUCUAAUGUCUAUCUGCACUGUCGGGUCAAUGAUCUGCAAGGGAAGACGGUCUCUUGGAUGCGACGCAAGGGUGAUGAUCUGACCCUAAUCACCUUCGGUCAGCAUACAUACAGCGGAGACUCGCGAUACUCGUUGGAGUUCGAUGAGCCAAACGAUUGGAAGCUCUCGAUUCAAUAUGCCAAUGAACGGGAUGAGGGACCCUAUGAGUGUCAAGUAUCAUCGCAUCCACCACUGGUACUCUUGGUAUACCUAACUAUAAUUGUUCCUCAUGUGGAAAUUCUCGAUGAGCGAGGAUCGGCCACACCGGAAAAAUACUACAAAGCUGGCAGCACCAUCGAGUUGCAGUGCGUCAUCUCAAAGAUUCCACAUCCAUCGUCAUAUAUCACCUGGCGUCAUGGCGUUCGAUUGCUCAACUACGACACUAGUCGUGGGGGCAUCAGCGUUAAAACAGACAUGCUGCCAGGCCGGGCCUUAAGUCGUCUCUAUAUAGCCAAUGCGAAUCGUCAGGAUACCGGCAACUAUACUUGCAUGCUAGGAAAUGAGAUAACAGAAACGGUAGUGGUGCAUGUGCUUAACGGUGAAGAGCCAGCUGCAAUGCAACAUGCGAAUGGGACUCGAUUUAUAUCCAGCCCUCUAACAAUGGUUGUGUUUUUUAUAGUAUUUGCGAUAGUUAAACCCUUUCAGCGAUGACAACAUUGCGAAUGACCCAAAACAAAAUUGGAAAUGCUAUCAAAAUAACUUUAAUAUACUUAGAAAACGAAGCAUAAGAAGAAUAAGAAGUAUUAUGGGAAAAUGCAUAAGCCAAAAUAUAUAAUCUUGUCCAGGAUUGCAUUUUCAACUUUUACUCUAAUCAUGGGUUGUUUAAAAAUACAUAGCAUAACUGAAUACUAAUUGUAAGUUUAAAUGAAACAUGUAACAAAACAAAAAAACAAACAAACAAAAAGAAAACGACAGAGUAGAAGGAAAAAUCGUAUAUAAGGGCGUACGUGAAAAUUUAAGAAAUUGAUUUUGCAAUUGAAAAUUAAAAUGAAAAUGAAUGUGAAUACUUCAACUUUAAUCGUACUACAAAAGGCCGUGUUUUUGUUGGCUAAAGUACAAUUACCCUUCCCCGCUCCCCCACUUUCAUACCUCACACACACAUACAUCCAUACACACACACAUAGUUAUUUUAU